GGUCAUGACCAAAAGGUCUUUAUUUUUAAAAAAUUUUUAUAAAGAUCUUAUUUAUUUAUUCAUGAGAGAUGCACAGAAGCAGAGACACAGGUAGAGGGAGAAGCAGGCUCCCCAUUGGGAGCCUGAUGCGAGACUGGAUCCCAGGACCCCAAAGGCAGAUGCUCAACCAAAGAGCCACCCAGGUGCCCCAACCAAAAAGUCUUUAAAGUGAGGAAAUGACAAGGGAAGUCAGGGGUAGAUCUCACACCUUCAGGAGACCCCUUCAUGCAUCACCAGUCCAUAUCUUACCUGUGUGUGUGUGUGUGUGUGUGUGUGUGUGACACACACAUGCACACAUUCUUUUAUUUUACUUAUUUAUUUUUAAAGAUUUUAUGUAUUUACUCAUGAGAGCGUGAGGCAGAGACAGGCAGAGAGAGAAGCAGGCUCCAUGCAGGGAGCCUGAUGUGGGACUUGAUCGCAGGACUCCAGGAUCACGCCCUGAGCCAAAGGCUGACAUUCAACCGCUGAGCCACCCAGGCAUCCCUCACACACAUUCUUUUAUAACCAGCUUUAGGCUAAAGACAGAGACCACAGACAUCCCCCAUCCCCCACCCCCCACCAACACAGACUGGGGCCCCUGGGAAGGGUAGGAAUGCCAGGGCGGCGCGGGGGUGGGGUGCCUGGCUGACUCAGUUUCCAGGUCUGUGGUUCACACCCUCUUUUUUUUUUUUUUUGGUCACCUCCCUCUCUGUCUCAUCUCUGGGUCAGUGGGCUCUCUAUCUCUGUUUCUCAUUCACUGUCUCUCACCCAUUCUCCUCUGUGUUUCAUUCCCAUCAAAGCUCUUUCCAUAUCCCCUCCCUCCCCUCUCUUUUUGCUAAGUAUUUCCCUGUGUACUUGUCUGUGGGUCUCUCCCUUGUCACCCACCCCCCAUAUCCAGGUGGAAGUUUUCAACCAAAUCAAAGGCAGGCAGGCAGGACAGACGAAGCCCAAGCCCCAGGCUGACUCCUUCAGCACACACAGGGAGGGAGGGAGCGCCCUAGGGAAGUCUGGAAAUCGUUACCCCAGAGGUAGGCAGGCCUGGCAGAAGGAGGAGGGGGCUGAGAGAUUUGGGACCCCUUCAGAAAGAGGGCUGUUUCUCAUGGAUUCCCUGAUGCAGUGGGUGGUCUCUGUUCUCCUCCCCCUCUGGGUUCUUGUCUCCCCCAACUCACAUCUCUAAAGUUCCCUAAAACUCUGAGUUUCUAUUUCCCCUUCCUCCCACUUGCCCUUCACAGCCCUUUCCUCUCUCUAGGUCUCCCCUCCCCCAAUUCUCUGAGCUUCCGGGCCCCUCCCUCAAAGUCCCUGUCCCUCUGUGCCUGGGUCUCUUUCUCACCCUAUCCAUCCAUCCACACACCUGCAGGCCUUCUAUUGGCUGGUUGGGGGGGGCGGGUUCUGUUACCUGGGGCGACAGCAACAACAAGCCGGCUCCUGCGCGGCUACCCGGCAGGGGAGGGACCCAUGGUGGGUCGGACCCUAGCUCUGCGCUAUGGCCCCCCCAUGGCCCCCAAUCGCUGGGACGGAGGCGCCUGGGUCCUGGCCCAAUUGGCAUCUCACCAGCACUAGUGUCGCCCACCACAUUAUCCCAUCUGUGCCCUUUCCCCCGCCCACCAUGCAGUCCACGGUCGCGGAGCCCCUGCCCGCGGCCGCAAAGCAGGAUUUGCACGUCUGGGAUUUUGACGAGGUCAUCAGCAGAUGGGAGACCACCUCUGGCUCUGCUUACAUACCUAAGACCCAGGGCGGCCCCUACGCACAGCCCAGGGCCCCAGAGCCUUCAGACCCCACGCGGACUGUGGGGAUCAAGGAUUUAGCAGAAAAGCUCAGACACCGCGGCUGGCGCCUCCCGCUGAUCGCGAAGCCCCAGUGCAGUGAAAUGAAAGCUCAGUACACCGGCUGGCCGGGCCUGGACCAGCCCGCCACCUUCCACGUCGGGCCCCAGUCCCUGGAAUUUGCAGACCACCUCCGCGGAGGCCCUUCCCAGGCUUUAAUCCCCUGGACAAAGAACCCCGAGCUGGCCGGCCGGCUUUUCACAGUAUCUGACCAGGGCAUCUUGGACCGUCGUCAGCUCUAUCUGACCACCUCGGCCAAGGACUUCCGGGCCUACCCGAAGAAGGAGUUGUCUGGAUAUCCCCCCAAGGACUCGCUGACCUACUGGAGCUUCCAGAAGACGCCUCACGCCUGGGGCCAUGACCCGCGCCCUUCUCGGCCGCCAGGGAUCCGCGUGCCCCACGUCCGCCCGAUGACGAGAGCCGUGCCGCACCGCGGGUCGUUGUCUCUGGCUCAGGAGUCCUACAGACCCCCAGUGCACCCACUCCUCCGGCUCGACCGUUUCUGCCCGCUGGAACUGCCCUGGGGCGGCCCGCACUGGCAGCCGGUGCCGGGCAUCUACAGCGUGCCGCAAGCCUACCGCACUGAGAACUCCAGCUACGGCAGCAUGAAGCCAGCCGCCGUCUGAGCCCGCAGCGCCAGCCCCGCCCCGGACUGGCCCCCGCGGCCGGGCGGAGCCGAGGUCUGGAAACCCGCCCGUCACGUGGGAGCGAGGCGGCGGCCAGGCCCCGCCCACUGGGUCGUGAGCCCGGCGAA